CAAAUAUUCGCUCCGGCCCGAUUUCCUGCCGGCGACGUGCUGGUCAGCAUUGCUUCCACCUUUCCACAGGUGGCUGGCAAACUAAUGGAAGAGAAUCACGAAAAUGCACACUGUCGACAGCAAGAGACGGCAUCAGUGGCAGAUGAUGAUCCUAUUUCCUUUCAUGUGCGAACCGAGCAGGAACAUGAAGCCCCGUUGGUCGCCGAGAGAAAGAUGACUAAUCGGACUUCCGGCUUGGGUGGUCUUCCCUUGACUGGCGUAAAAUCGGUCCCAUCAUUGAUGCGUUUCAACACCAACGAGUUUGCUUACGGUGAUGAUUUGAAUGCUUGGAAGCGUUCUCUUCCCCCGCAGAGGACAAGACGUACAGCCAGCCAAGCCAAGAUAACGACGGAGAACCUACUAGCCCCGGCUCCGCAUUCACUGGCUUAUGGCACCACAAAGUUGGCGACUCCCGCCGGGGAUUUGCGAUACAAUCCAGCCGCUUUGGCUGCCCCAGCCAUCGAUGUGCCCUUGGAUUUGCCCGACCUUCCUGGCAUACCCAACGACUUGCAAUAUGAGCCUGUAGAAGAGAAUACGCCCAUUGCUCCGUCCCAGCAGUUUGGAGAGUUGCCAGAAUUACCCGGAUUGGAGGUGGAGGAACGUACCACGUACCAGUGCCAGAUAAGAAGACAGUACGAAGAUCAGUUGGAUCAGUUCCUGUAUCGACGCCACCACCGCCACCGCCUCCACCACCACCGCCACCACCACCCCCGACUCCUAAAAAUCUUAUGGCUGCCAUACGGAAUGCUGGAGGAGCACUUGGCGGACGUCUCCACUCGGCUGCGGCUGCACCCCUCGAUGUGGUGGACACGACGAGAUCCAAAGCAGGAACCAGUGCCACUGGUGAUCUUAUGGCGGAUCUCUUAA